UCAAGGCACAUUUCUGCAAAAACUGGCUAUGGAAUGUUGCAAGUAAUGAAGUUUGCUGUUGAGGAGAUUAAUAACUCCCCCACUCUUCUGCCCAAUGUUUCUCUGGGCUACGAAAUUUUUGACUAUUGUUCUAACAUAAAAAAUAUAAAUUCAGUCUUAAGUUUCAUCUCAAGGAAUGGUUCAAUAAAACCUAAAGAAAUACUCAACAACUAUCAGCCUAAAGUGGUUGCUUUAACAGGGCCAUUUGGAAGCACAAGAACCAUUACUAUUGCACCACUGAUCACAAUGGACCUUAUACCAAUGGUGAAUUAUGGAGCCGCUAGCUAUGCAUUAAGCAAUAAACUUCAGUAUCCUUCUUUUGUAAGAACAGUCCCUAGCAACAAAGACAUGAUAGAGAUGAUUAUUCACAUCAUACAGUGGUUUGGAUGGAACUGGGUUGCCUUUCUUGGUGGCCAAGAUGAUUACAGUUCAGAUGGACUAAAGCUGUUUAAUGAGUAUAUAAACAAUACUGGUAUUUGUUUGGCCUAUCAAAAGGGCCUAAGUCUAAAUGCAAACUACAGUCAAACGCUAAAAAAGAUUCAUAUGCUCAACAUCAAUGUCAUUGUUGUUUUCGCUGUUUCACAAUAUGCAAGCAAAAUUAUCAAAGCAGCUAUAGCAAACAAAAUCCAAGACAAAGUAUGGAUUGCAAGUCAUACAUGGGCUCUGAAUCAACAGCUUCCAAGAGAGCCAGGAAUUGAGAAAAUUGGCACAAUCAUUGGCAUUACAGACAGACUGUUGUCGUUCCCCGGAUUUAAUGAAUUUGUCUAUAAAGACAGAGGAACAACUGAUGUUGGCCAUGAUGAAGUCAAAAGUAAGACAUGUAAUCAAGUUUGUCAUUACUGCUCAUUGCUGACUGCAGAAGAGAUUAUAAAUGAGAAUCCCUCAUUCUCCUUUGGCAUCUAUGCUUCCAUAUAUACAAUAGCUCAUGCAUUGCAUAAAGUACUGCAGUGUGACAUCAAUGAAUGCCAGAAAAAUACAAUGGCCAAGCCAUAUAUGCUUCUGGGAGAGAUAAAGAAAUUGGAUUUUAUACUCAAUGGCCGUCAGGUGAAAUAUGAUGACAAUUAUGAUCCAGCCAUCAGUUAUGAUGCUGUGCUCUGGCACACUGGUGUGAAUCCUCCACAGUUUCAGAUAGUGGGCUCAUAUGAUAAACAUCCAGAAAUUACUUUUACCAUGGACAACUCUCUCCUCCCCUGGCAAAACAAUGGUUCUGUUCCUUUCUCAAACUGCUCUGUUGAGUGUAAGGUGGGAUAUUCAAGACAAAUUGAAGGUUUUCAUAGUUGCUGUUUUACGUGUAAAAAAUGCCCGCCUAACACCUAUGUGGAUUUUUCUCGUAAGUACCUCAGAACCACACCGCAGAGCUAG